UAUCCCAUAACCUGUUUCAUUAUAGUGUAGGUGUUUCUUUUACCAUUCCAUCUCAAUUCUUUAGAAUUGGUAAUUUAAUUCUUUCAAAGUUCGAGCGUUGGACGUAAUAAACAGUGUUAUAUUACGAAAGUAAACAUUCCAAGGAUAUUUAUUGCUAGCUAAAGUGUGCUUUUGUUUUUCACUUUUAUAAUAUAAAAAGAAACCAAUUGAAAGAGCUUUGUCUUCAAUUUCACGUUGUUUUGUGAGAGUUACUCCUCUAUCAAAUUACAAGAUGUCUCGAAGAAGCUCUGUCACAAUUGAACAAGCUAUUAACCCAACUCUUUUGCGAUCUCGUCAUAAAGAAGUUUCUGAAAAAGAUGAACGAAAGUUUGGCGGUGUCCAGACAUACAGUACCGAAAACGGAAUGUUGUUUCAUGCUGGUAAACUUGUUAUCAUCAUGUCUGGUUUACCGGCUAGAGGAAAGUCCAACAUUGCCGUGUCUAUAGAUAGGUACCUAAAAUGGCUUGGAUUUAAUUGUAGAUUUUACAGUCUUGCAAAAUAUAUGGAUGAACGAUCAAAGGAAUUUGAAAACUCAGGCAAUACUCGAGAAUCUAUUGAUGCAUUUUUGAAACUUUACAGAGAUAAUACCAUUGAGCUGUGUUUACGAGACCUGGAGAAUUUUCUUUCAAGAGAAAAAGGACAAGUUGCUAUUUAUGAUGCCACGAACGGAACGAAAGAAACAAGAAAAGCUUUGUACGAUCGAUUUAAAAGCUUCAGCUUUAAUAUUUUGUUUAUUGAAAGCCUUUGUGACAAAGAAAACGUGAUUCAUGACAAUAUUCAAGAGGCUAUCCAAGUUUCAAAGGAGUUUGAACACUGGGACAAGAAAGAAGCAGAAGCAGAAUACUGUCGACGUAUCGAUCUUUUAAAAAUGCAAUAUGAACCAAUUGAUGAAAAAGAAUAUUCUUAUGUGAAAAUGAUCAACUUUUCUGAGACGCUUAUAACCAACCGGACAAAUCAAGGAUAUUUAUUGUCACGUAUUCUAUUUUUACUAAUGAACAUUACCCUUACGAGAAAACGUGUAUUCUUGGUAUCGAAAGCCUCAAUGAGACCGCUUUUGCCCCAAGAAGUUGAAGAUGAUGGAGCAAACUCUAAGUUUAUGGAAUACCUUGUGAAACAGUUUCAAAAACUGUUUCCUUCAAUUUCUUUUAAAAAUCUUGUUGUGAUGUCUAGCAUGGAGGAAUCCACAUUAACCCCUUUUCAAAAGCUAGGCUCCCGAGCAUUUUCACGCGCAAAUCUCUCACCACUGAUUAUGGACUGGUUUGGAAAUAAUUUCGAAAAACUGCGUUCUACUUUUGGAAAAGACGAAUAUAAUUUGUUUAUGAGAGACCCAUAUAGAUGCAGGGUAAAAGAAAGAGAAUCAUUUUACGACCUCGCCGUUCGUUUGGAACCAUUGAUUUUGGAAAUUGCCAGAGAAUCCCGCGACGUUGUUAUCGUUGGAUCGAAAAGUUUAGUCCGUGUACUUUAUGGAUACUAUAUGAAUGUUCCAGCCGGUGACAUACCUUUCCUUCCAUUAUUACCGACGGGAAUUUUCGAAUUUAUUGACAACAGUAUAGGCAUGCAAGUUAAUGAGUAUGAGUUGGAUGAUAAAGAAGCUCACGAUUACGAUAUUACGAAUGAAGAUUUGAGUGGUAAAUUUACAACGCCUCCUGCAGUAUAAUGACUAAAUACACUGCCGAAUAGUAUGGAAUGAUCUUCAAAAUCAUAGUUUCCGAACAUGAAGUAAGAUUAUAUAUAAAACUAGAAAUUAAUACUACAAAAGAGCAUCGUCAAGAGGGGGAUCCCGUAUGUUGUUUAACCAACCAAUAACA